UUAAAUUAAAACAAAGACGUGAGGUAUGGUGGGAGCUGAAAACCUGCUGGAUCCGGACUUUAUUUUGUUGUGACUUUUCCCAGCUGUGCGCGUGGACGCGGUGACGUGAUGAUGUGUGCGUGUUUCUUUCUGGUUUCUUCUGCGCGCUCCUGAAAAAGAAAAGAAAGAAGGGAGGGAGGGGAGGAAAAAUAUGGCUCGUUUUGAGGAGGAGCUGAGCGGCCGGUAUGCGGGCCCGGCCCGGGGGGCCAGCCGGUCCGCGGCCCCUCCGGGGGGCCACAGGGUCUACAAGCAGACUAUGGCCCAGAGAGCCCGGACCAUGGCCAUCUACAACCCCAUCCCAGUCAAACAGAACUGUCUGACCGUCAACCGUUCCCUGUUCGUCUUCAGCGAGGAUAACGUGAUUCGGAAAUACGCCAAAAAGAUCACCGAGUGGCCUCCAUUUGAGUACAUGAUCCUGGCCACCAUCAUAGCAAACUGCAUUGUGCUGGCGUUGGAGCAACACCUGCCAGCCUUGGACAAAACGCCGAUGUCGGAGCGCCUGGACGACACAGAGCCAUACUUUAUUGGAAUAUUUUGCUUUGAGGCAGGCAUCAAAAUCAUUGCCUUGGGCUUUGCUUUCCACAAAGGCUCCUACCUGCGUAAUGGCUGGAAUGUAAUGGACUUUGUGGUGGUCCUGACAGGAAUCCUGGCUACUGUGGGAGCAGACUUUGAUCUAAGAACGCUGAGGGCGGUGAGGGUCCUACGGCCUCUCAAGCUGGUUUCUGGAAUCCCCAGUCUACAAGUGGUGUUGAAAUCGAUUAUGAAAGCUAUGGUACCUCUGCUGCAGAUCGGCCUGCUGCUCUUCUUUGCUAUCCUCAUGUUUGCCAUCAUUGGCCUCGACUUCUACAUGGGCAAAUUCCAUCGCACCUGCUUCAGGAUAGACACAGGUGUGCAGACAGACGACUUCCCCUGCGGCCUGGAGUCCCCGGCCAGGACCUGUGCUAACGGCAGUGUCUGUAAGGAGUAUUGGACUGGACCCAACUUUGGAAUCACCAACUUUGACAACAUCCUGUUUGCCGUCCUGACUGUGUUUCAGUGCAUCACAAUGGAGGGAUGGGUGGACAUCCUCUACAAUGCAAACGAUGCUUCAGGGAACACUUGGAACUGGCUAUACUUCAUCCCCCUCAUUAUUAUCGGAUCCUUCUUCAUGCUGAACCUGGUACUUGGUGUUCUGUCAGGGGAAUUUGCCAAGGAGAGAGAGCGGGUGGAAAAGAGACAAGAGUUCUUAAAGCUCCGCAGACAACAACAAAUAGAAAGAGAGUUAACUGGCUAUUUGGAGUGGAUCUGCAAAGCAGAGGAGGUGAUGCUUGCUGAGGAGGACAAGAAUGCCGAGAAGUCCUUUGAUGGAGUUUGGUACAAAAGGAAACACAACUCAGUAUUGAAAAGCAUCAAGAAGAAUAAGAAUGACCUGAUCUGUGCAGAGGAGGGUGAGGACCAUUUCACCGACAUCACGUCUGUUGCACCCCCAGGGUCACCGUUCGCCAGAGCCAGCGUGAAGAGCAAGAAUGAGAACUCGUCAUACUUCAGGAGGAAAGAGAGGAGGAUCCGGUUCACCAUCCGCCAUCUGGUCAAGUCUCAGAGCUUUUAUUGGACGGUGUUGUGUCUGGUCGGUCUCAACACUUUGUGUGUGGCCAUCGUGCAUUAUGAGCAGCCGGAGUGGCUCACUUAUGCACUAUACUUGGCGGAGUUUGUAUUUCUUGCACUGUUUCUGGCAGAGAUGUCCUUAAAAAUGUAUGGCCUUGGACCUCGGACCUACUUCCACUCCUCCUUCAAUUGCUUUGACUUUGGGGUAAUUUUUGGCAGUAUUUUUGAGGUCAUCUGGGCUGCCAUCAAACCUGGAGCCUCCUUUGGGAUCAGUGUCCUCCGGGCUCUGCGAUUGCUCAGGAUUUUCAAAGUCACCAAGUACUGGAACUCUCUGAGGAACUUGGUGGUGUCACUGCUCAACUCCAUGAAAUCAAUCAUCAGCCUAUUGUUUCUCCUGUUCCUCUUCAUCGUAGUCUUCGCUCUGUUGGGAAUGCAGCUGUUUGGUGGACAGUUUAAUUUUGAAGAUGAAACACCAACAACAAACUUUGACACAUUCCCAGCAGCAAUUCUCACCGUCUUCCAGAUCCUGACGGGAGAAGACUGGAAUGCCGUGAUGUACCAUGGGAUUGAAUCCCAAGGAGGUGUCCAUAGCGGAAUGUUCUCCUCCAUUUAUUUCAUCGUUCUUACUCUUUUUGGAAACUACACACUCCUCAACGUUUUCUUGGCCAUUGCUGUUGAUAACCUCGCAAAUGCCCAGGAGCUGACCAAGGAUGAAGAGGAGCAAGAGGAGGCCAUUAGUAAGAAACUUGCACUCCAGAAGGCCAAAGAAGUCCAGGAGGUCAGCCCCAUGUCGGCCGUGAAUAUUUCCCUCACGGUAAAGGAGCAGCAGAAGUCGCUGAAGACCAUGUCCGUGUGGGAGCAGAGGGCCAAUCAGCUGCGGAGGAAGAAUCGAACAAGCCACGAAGCACUGUACAAUGAUUUGGAGACUGAGGAACACCUCCACCUUUCCCCAGGUCCCCACACCCGCCCUGAUAUGAAGACCCACCUCGAUCGCCCUCUAGUGGUUGAGCCGUGUGAUGGGCACCAGCACCGCCAUCAAAAGCCCUGCGUUCCUGAGAACGCUCCGAGUGAAGCUCAGCCACCUGCUCCGCCCCUUCAGCCACACCGCUGCCACCACCACAGAGACAAGGCCCGGGCUAAGCUGAGGGAAGACACCAAUGGUAACGGUGAACCUGGUAAAGAGAGGCGGCACCACGACCACCACAGCCAUUCCAAAGAUUACGAGGGCAGCCACAGAAAAGGGGGGAAGGGUGCGAGAUCUUGCAGCCGAGAAGAUGGCAGGAGACAUCACCAGCAUAGCUCAGCGGGCGACAGCGGGCAAGGUGGAGGAAUCAUGACGGAGAGGGAGCAUUGCCAUCACCACUCGCACCAGCAGUGCAGAGAGGGCAACGGGACGGUGAAAACAGGAGGGAAGGGAGAGCGACGGUCCCACCACAAGGACAAGCUAAUGUCUCAUAGUGAGAAAAACUGCAGAGAUGAGAAUGCAGGUGCAGAAGAGACGAAGAAACACCAGACUUAUGAAUCCAGGGGUCAGUCUACAAUUGAGGGAGAAGAGUCUGCUGAGAAAGAAACAAGCGACACUCACAGGGACAGAUUUGGCGGGUCAGAAGGGAAGUUUGUCACCGUCUCACCCCAGCAGGGCUCCGUGGGAUCCACUUGGCCUUCAGAAAUGCCAGAGGACUCUGACAACCAGAGAAAUUACAGGCAAACUGGCCAGACCUCCAUCUACAUUCCUCCAGUGACCGUCACAUGUCCUCCUGGAGACACGACACAGAUACCAAUGAACACAGUCGAUUUUGAUACUGUACCCACAAAAGAGAAGACCCUGGAGGACCAGAUUGGACCCAAACCCAUGCUGCCUUAUAGUUCCAUGUUCAUCUUUGGAAAAACCAAUCCGGUGAGGAGGUUGUGUCACUACAUUGUGACCCUACGUUAUUUUGAGAUGUCCAUCCUGGUCGUCAUCGCGAUGAGUAGCAUAGCUUUGGCUGCAGAGGAUCCCGUCUGGGCAAACGCUCCUCGCAACAAUGUUCUUAAAUAUUUGGACUACGCCUUUACUGGGGUUUUCACUUUUGAAUUGGUGAUCAAGAUGGUGGAUCUUGGCCUGCUGCUUCAUCCUGGAUCAUACUUCAGAGACUUAUGGAACAUCCUGGACUUCAUUGUAGUCAGCGGAGCCCUUGUAGCUUUUGCAUUUUCGAGCUUCAUGGGUGCUCAAAAGACUGUCAGGUUAGGGACAAAAGGCAAAGAUAUCAGCACCAUUAAGUCUCUAAGGGUUUUGCGGGUCCUCAGGCCUCUCAAGACGAUCAAACGUCUGCCAAAACUCAAGGCUGUGUUUGACUGUGUGGUCAACUCCUUGAAGAAUGUGCUAAACAUCCUCAUCGUGUAUAUCCUCUUCAUGUUCAUCUUCGCCGUCAUCGCUGUUCAGCUCUUCAAAGGGAAAUUCUUCUACUGCACCGAUGAGUCUAAGGGUUUGGAGAAAGACUGCAGAGGGCAGUUCUUAGAAUAUGACAAAGACGAAGUUUAUGCCAUGCCCAGAGAGUGGAAGAAAUACGAGUUCCACUAUGAUAAUGUGCUGUGGGCCUUCCUGACCCUCUUCACUGUGUCCACUGGCGAAGGCUGGCCAACAGUUUUGAAGCACUCUGUAGAUGCCACCUUUGAAGACCAGGGGCCCAGUCCGGGAUACCGGAUCGAGAUGUCAAUCUUCUACGUGGUCUACUUUGUGGUCUUCCCAUUUUUCUUUGUCAACAUCUUUGUUGCGCUUAUCAUCAUCACAUUUCAGGAGCAGGGAGACAAAGCCUUAUCUGAGUGCAGCCUGGAAAAGAACGAAAGAGCUUGUAUUGAUUUUGUCAUUAAUGCCAAACCUCUGACCCGGUACAUGCCUGAGAACACACAAUCCUUCCAGUACAAAAUGUGGAGGUUUGUCAUCUCGGCUCCUUUUGAAUACUCCAUCAUGAUCAUGAUUGCCCUCAACACCGUGGUACUCAUGAUGAAGUUCCAUGGAGCUCCAGACUUCUAUGAAGCAAUGCUCAAGUAUCUCAACAUUGUCUUCACAAUCCUCUUCACGCUGGAGUGUAUCCUCAAGAUCAUUGCUUUUGGUCCACUGAACUAUCUGAAGGACGCCUGGAAUGUCUUUGACUUUGUGACAGUUUUAGGGAGCAUCACUGACAUCUUGGUCACUGAAAUCAAUACUACGGACAGACUGUUGAACCUGAGCUUCCUGAGGCUCUUCAGAGCUGCACGGCUUAUCAAGCUGCUGAGGCAGGGUUAUACCAUCCGCAUCCUGCUCUGGACCUUUGUACAAUCCUUCAAGGCUCUGCCUUAUGUUUGCCUGUUGAUCGCUAUGCUGUUCUUCAUUUAUGCCAUCAUUGGGAUGCAGGUGUUUGGAAACAUUGAUCUGAAUGAGGACACCGCUAUCAAUCACCACAACAACUUUCGCACUUUUCUGCAGGCUCUCAUGCUGCUGUUCAGGAGCGCAACCGGUGAGGCGUGGCACGAGAUUAUGUUGUCAUGUCUCAGUCACAGAGUGUGUGAUGAGCGGUCAGGGACCCUCGGGAAUGACUGUGGCAGUGACUUUGCCUACUUCUAUUUUGUUUCCUUUAUCUUCCUCUGCUCCUUCCUGAUGCUGAAUCUGUUUGUGGCCGUCAUAAUGGAUAACUUUGAGUACCUGACCAGAGACUCCUCCAUCCUAGGCCCUCACCACCUCGAUGAGUUCAUCCGGGUUUGGGCUGAGUACGACCCAGCCGCAUGUGGACGGAUUUCCUAUAUGGAUAUGUACAAUUUGUUACGUGUUAUCUCACCCCCCCUUGGCUUAGGGAAGAACUGCCCUAAUAGGGUAGCAUACAAGCGCCUUGUCAAAAUGAACAUGCCCAUCGCUGAUGACAACACCGUCCACUUUACAUCCACCCUCAUGGCCCUGAUCCGCACCGCGCUCGAGAUCAAACUGGCCUCAGGUAUGGUCGCCCAGAGAUUAUCUGAUGCUGAUUUAAAAAAUGAGUUGUACACUGUGUGGCCCAGUCUCUCCCAGAAGACCAUGGACCUGCUGGUAACGCCACAUAAACCCAAUGAGCUGACAGUAGGAAAAGUUUACGCUGCUCUGAUGAUUUUUGACUACUACAAGCAGAAUCGAGUUCGGCGGCGGCUGCAGCAGCAGCAGAGCACCUCAGGCUCCCAGUGCAAGGUCGCGGCUCUGUUUAAGCCCUUGCUGCCUCUGACUCACAUGCAGGAGAAAGACCUGCCCAUGAUGCUAAACAGUGUAGAGCCGCCCAGCGUGCUUCAGAGCUACACCAAAUCACACGCCAAGUCUCAGCCGCACGCCAGACCGACCUCCAGCUCCCUCAACAACGAAGCCACUUUGUCAGAUCAUCAUCACAACAUUAAGUCAUCAUUUUCCUGGGCAAUGGAGAAUCCCAAGGAAGGGCACGGAGCCAGAAUGAUGCACACGGUGUCCGGACGCUCAUCACAGGACAAAGCGGACAUGGAUAUUGUUCAGGAGUCAGUGGCCAUGAGGAAGAUGGGAACCAGUGUGAGCAGUACAAUUCCAGUGCCUGGGUCAGGUCUUGAUACCCAGGGCAGGGCCGCAUCAAUGCCCCGACUCAUUGAUUUGUUGGAGUCUGUCCCUACUGUCAGCCCUAUGAAGCGUUCAGCAUCCACUCUGGCGUCACAGUGCCCCCAGAAGGUCAAUCUGAGGAACUACACCCUGGAAAAACCCAGCCGGAACACACCGUACCACCACCAUCAUCAUCACCAUCACCACCACCACCACUGCCACCAUCACAGGGACAGAGCUCGAGAUAAAGACAGAGAAAAGAAGCAAAGGUCCUCUGAUACCCCUGUGGGUGGACAACCUCCCACCACUGUUGCACAAGACCACGCAUCUGACCUAAGUGCCACCAGAGAGCGAGCUCAUAACCGUGGACGGACCCACGAGAGGAGGCAUCACCACUCAUCGGCAAACAAGCAGCGCUACUACUCCUGUGACCGCUACUGCAGCCGGGAACACUGCCACAUGUAACCUACCCCUGCCAGCUGUGCUUCUUUCCCCAGGAAGGGCCGGGAAACCAGCAAGAAGCAGGUCAGCGGUUUGGUUAACGGCAGCCCAGUGGGACUGAGGUCCAGCGCCAGCAGCACACCGUGCCUGAGGCGGCUCUCUUUCGUUGACCCUGUGUGGCCUGCAAACCCUUUCUCUGCGUGUUUGGUAUCUGGCCUGACCUCUCUGAGCCCCGGUAGGCUACGGAACAGUGACUCCUGCACCCUAACCCCCCAAAUCACUCAUAUCAGCUCUGAGCCCUCCCUGGGCGAGAGUCACCCCGAGGUCAGAAGCAGUUCCUACAGCAGCCUUCAGGAACGGCUCGACGUCUUCCAAGAUGUGGCGUCAUUGUUGCCCUGCCGCCUCAAACAGCAGAAACACAGCAGAACCUUGCGGUGCCUCGUGGGAACCACUUGAGUUUCGGUAGCAUCAAACACCCAGGCUUUGGGUUCAGUGCACCAAGGUAUUACUAGCAAGCAGAGGAGAAUGAACGGUGCUAGCAUGGCUUUAAAUAACUGUUCUAAUGCAGGAUUCAGCUAUCGUGAUGAGUUUUAUCAUCUUUCUUGAAGAUCGGCUAGUGUGUACAUGUUAUGCUGUAUUUAAUCUGAAUGUGGAAGGACAAAGGUUCAUCAGAAUAUUGAAACAAGAACAAUGCCUCAUGUCGACAACAAUUAAAUGUCGUCAUUUAUCAAGGCAUUAAACAUUAUUAGUCAAAAAAGAAAAAAGUGAGACUGGUAACUCCAGUAAACCGAAUGAAAAUAUUUUCUUUGUGGUUGUUAGUUUGUGGUGACGUCACUGUUUUUUGACACCACUAUACUGACUCCUAAAACAACACGCGAUUCUAGACAAAGUGUCACCGUAUUCAACUUAUUUAAUAUUUUCAAAUUAAUUUUGACAGCUGAUGGAACUGUUGAGGUAUUUUCACCCUGGCAGAAGUUGAUUAUCACAUAUUAAUAGUCUUCUAACUAUGUUGCAUUACCAUCUUGGGUACUUACAGAAAUGGCCGCGUCAACUGAAUGCUUACUUAUGGAAAGUUGCAAAGUCAGCUAUGACAUUAUGGCCAUGCGGCAUGUUUCUCUGGGCAUGAUCCAGCACGCAAGGACCUCAGUGUUGAUGAACACAGCAAAUGGAUGAGGCCAAGGACACGCCCACAUUUCAACUGGCUACUUUCAGGUGAGGGCGGACCGCUCUUCUGCCUGCGUGAUUGCCUGUGAUGGCCCACAGCGGUUCAACAGUGUGGUGGAUGAGGAGCCACCACAUCCUCCAACUUUAUCAGCUGGUAAACAAGAUUCCAUGUUUUCCUGCAGAAUUAUUACAAUUAACAGCACAACAUAUGUCAGGGAAUUUUAAUCUUCAUGGCUGAAGCUGCUUCUCCACUUGCACAGAAAGCCGUGCAUACUUGUGCAAUUGGAUUUCUUUUCUUUUUUUUUCUUCGUUAUCAAAAACUUGCUUAGUUUCUCUCCAGCCUAAACAUGGACCCUGCAUGUUCCCCAUGUCUAUCUGCUGCAACCACAGCUGAUUAUUCAAGUCUGGCAUUUCCUGGCUCUUGCUUGGCUGAGGACACUUAAUUAGCAGUGGGUGGAGCAGGGAGUCAGAAAACAUAUAUAUGGCUUCAAAAACUGAUAACUGGAAGACAAACAAGCAUAAAAUUGGAACCUCCAUCCAAUUUUAGUGAGUGACUGAGGCACUUUUGAUUGAGAUAUAAUGCAAAACAUACAAUGCAAAAAUUUCAUAACAAUAUAUGAAAAAAUUGUGGCCUUCACAUAAUCAAACAGACAGACACAGGUGACAACAUGACCUUCUCCAACUUUGUUGGCAGAGGUAAUAAAGAACACUAGGGGUCAGUGGAAUGAAAAUAAAUAGGUACACAGAACAAAAACCAAGAGGCCAACUGUACCACACAGGGAGUGGAAUAAUCUGGCACCUCCUGCUCAGCCAGGCCUUAAGAAGAUGCCGCUGAUUACCAACAGGUGUGCUGCAGCUGCGUCUCAUAAUCAGCUCCACUGGAGGGAGAGAGAAAAGCACCAGGAAAAGGAGCACUGACCACAACCCCAAACCACAACACUACAGGGGGAAAAAAUAAAUAAAUAAAUAAAAAUUUAAAUUUACAGUUUCACCUCAGGGAGCUUUGGUGGCUUGUGUUGGCACAGAUCUGUUAAGUCAUGAGCAAACUUGAGUCUGCGUUCUGAAGAGCAACACACCGGUUUCCAACAGGGUUCAACAGGAUGACAGAUUCAUUUUCCUGUGUUAUUCCAUAAAAAACCAUACCCAACUAACAAAUAAGAAAUAUAAAUACAACCCAUUUGCAUUACAGAUUAUGUCAUGUAAAUAGGAAUGUGGAGUUGGACACGCCCAAAAUGCAUGUAGACGGCGCAAUACAGAUCAUCCUUAAACUUUGUUUUUGAGUCAGCUUGAUAGUUGUGGCAGAAAACAGUAAAGUUGCCGAAAUUUAUUAAAAGGCAGCCAAAUGUGAUUAAAUGGCAAAUUACUGCAAAUCCCAGUAAAGGCCCAAAGAUGUUGCUGUCCCCGUCAAAACAAGUCGUGCCAGAUCAGUCACGUAACCCGCUGGCUCGCCGAAGACUGACGUGUUUCUUUGUUCUUCAUUUCUUACCCGCUUUCUUAUGACAGGACACUGAAGAAGUGAUGCAUGGUGGACAUAAUGAACUUUUACGGUUUAAUCAUGCAUAUUAUCUCUGCACACUUUGUUUUUGUGUGUGUGAUUUAAAAAAAAAAAGUUGUGUGUAUGGUUUGUGCCGUCAUUUCAGGUUGAAUGUUUUCUUACAGACUUCUUUGCAUCGUUUUAAGACAAAGUGCCUAUCCUUUUAGAUAAACUGUAGAAAAAGAGGCUACUGUUUUCUACCGUGUCAACAUCAAACUAGUCGAAGAAAAUAACGUGUACAGAAAGCUUUAUCUGCAAACAGUAUUUAUAUAAUAUGCUUAAAGCAGAUGACAUGAAGAAAGAUGUCAUUAAAGUCAGUAAUUUUUUGAUUUUCUUCUUAACGUAACGGUGCAUGGGUGGGAGAGCGCAAGAUUCAUCGCAAAUUAUACAACCUGCUUAGAAAUAUAAUAACCCAUUAUUACCAAAAACAAAGGUUUGGACACACCUCUGCUCAACGAGCUGCCGUUUGGAAACUGGAUGAUUUUAUGUGUUUUGUGGCGAUAUCACAUUGUCAUAUUUCUGUCUGUAUGCUGUUACCUCUAAUAAUGGGGGGUGGAUAUGUGUGACGUAUCAUUACAAUUGUGCAUUUUAUGGUACAAGCUCCAAAUUUUGCAGAAACAUCAUUUUUAAUUUUUUUUAAAUCAGUGUAAUUGUGGUAGGAAUGGAUUCAGCAUGUAAGAAAAAACAAGUCAUGAUGGCCAAUUUCCCCCCCUUAUAUAGCAAAUAAUGUCUCAACAAAAUCUGGUGCUUUUACCAUAAAACGCACAAUUGUAGUGAUAUUUUACACAUAUUUGUCCUGCCAUACAUCUCAUGGGUCGCUGGUUAAAAACAAAAAUGGAGCUGUAUUAUAUUUGAAUGUACUGGAACAAAGCAGUUGUUUGUGUAGUUCAAGGCGGGGCCAAAGUAUUUUUUAUUUUUUUAUUGUUUAUUAAACUGCAUGUUCAUUUUUGGCAGCACCUAUAAAUGUAUUGUAUUUUUUUCCUGUCUUCCAUAAGGGUUAAAUAUUGAAAUUGUGAAGUUCUUGUUGAAAAUAUGCCAAGAUGUUCCUUUUGACGUAAGGAUUCAGAAGCUGUAUAAUUUGUUCUUUCUGUAAUGUGCUGUGGUUUGGUAAAAUUUAUACAUGUAAAUUACAACUUCUCACAUAUAAAUAACACA